GCAGUCGAGUUUAGUGGUUUAGUCUCGAAUCUCGCGUCGAUUGUUACGGAAUUGUUUCCGUGACGCGUUUUUUUGCCGUCCGUUCUCCGUUUGACCUAUGGAGACUCGUGGAACUAACAGGUGCAGUGCAGUGUCAUAAAUAAGAGAACAGUAGAAAACGGGAAACGAACUUUUUGGAGGACUGAGGGAUAAAGGAUGGACGAAAAAUACGCGACGCGGAUGACUUUAUUAAAAUAAUAGGCUUCCCCAAUAUAUAUCAAAUAUUGCUAUACCACAAUAUAGCAAUACACCUAACAGCCUAACGCAUUUAUUUAUUAAAUAGCACUCUAUCCUCUGAUGAAUAAAUUAAAUAAAAAAAAAAAUAAAAUGAGAAAUCGUACAUAAUUUUUCCCGCACAAUCGAGAUUCUGACUGAGACGACUCUAAAAUUCGAACGACUCGAAAGACAUUUAUCGUGCGCACAGAGGAUAUCAUUCGAAAUCGUUGCGGCGUUCGAAGGGCGCCGCACAUGCGUCGCCUGUGUGUAAACGAUUCAGCUGAUCGAAAGGAGGCUAAUAAAUAAUUGAUUCGUCGCGUCAAGUAUUUCCGAAAGAACGGCUGGAGUUGUUCGAUCGAGAAACACGUCCGAGCUUACGAGAGAGACGCGGGUAAAUCGUGAAAUUCUCAAGAAAGUACGAUACAGAAACGGAAGAAAGAGUAGUAAUCCUUUUGGGAUGUCGACGUACGGAAGGUGGACUCUGUGGCCGGCGAGGACGCGUUUUCGACACUUGACAAAAUCAUCGGAGAUCCAUCGCAGCUGAGAUCACAGAUGAUCGAUCGGACCAAUUGAUCGCGUUAUCGCGCAGCUUUAUAUAUUCGCUGAUUCGACACUUUUCCAACACGUUCAUUUCUAAAGUUGGCGAACGCGCGACAAAAAGAGAGGAAUUUCCCUAUUAAGUUUCGCGACGCACAGUGCGAGCAAGCCAAAAUUAUUUUCGGGAGAUUCAGAAAAAGUACAGCAGCUAUGGACUGGAGAGGAAUCGUGCUGGCAUUUCUAGUGAUCACAGUAAUGAGGCACAGCGAUAGCAGCACACACGCAGCCCAGAUAUUUCAACAACUACCGACGUCGACCGCUGCGAUAGCGAGCACUGUGCAGAUCGAGUGCGCGAGCGAAUCGAUAAUCGUUCAUAUCUCGACGGAGCAUAACACGGAUUUCCACGGUCUGGUCUAUCCGCGCGGCUUAUCGAAAAACAGUUCAUGUCUACAGGAGUACAGGAGUCAGCCCGUUCCGAUCACUUACAAUCUGCCGCUCAGGUCCUGCAACACCAUGCCCACCGAACUGGAAAACGGUGGUAUCGAAUAUUUCAACACCAUCGUGGUACAGCCACAUUUGAAGUUGGUCACGAACCAGGGCAGAGGUUUUCACGUGAGAUGCAGAUACCAGACACGCGACAAAGUCGUAACGAAUGAUCAGACUCAAGUCUCCAUGAUGCAGUCUCUGCCGUUGCAGGCGACCGCACCGAUGCCGGGAUGCACGAUGAAGAUCUUCAGCGGUGAUCCAACGCAACAUCACGUGGCGGAGAAUGUAAAGAUUGGCGAUCCCUUGACCCUGGUCAUUAGCAUCGACAAACAAGAGAUGUUCGGUUUGAAGAUCUCCGAUUGUCUGGUACGCGAUGGCCUCGGGUGGGGCGAGCAGCGGCUCAUAAAUGACGAAGGUUGUCCGAUAGAUGGUGAGAUAAUGGGACAAUUCGUCUACAACGAGGAUAAAUCGGAGGCCAGGGUGAAUUUCCAGGCGCACAAAUUCCCAUAUACGGCGAGCGUGUAUUAUCAAUGCAACGUUAGGCUGUGCGUCAAACAAGGCGGAGGAUGCAGUAAUACGCCACCGUUGUGUAAUUCGAUAGUCAGACGACGCAGAGAUACCGCUAAUGCCCACGAGGUGAAGGGUGUUGAAGAUCUGGACGGCACCCCGGCCACAAUCGAAGUUUACAGUGGUCUUUACGUCAAUGAAGCAUCGGACGUUGGUUCCAAGUCAGACUUCUCCAACGACGUCUUUCGUGAAAGGGCUCUCGAUGACCCGAACACCAUUUGCAUAUCGCAGAGGAGUUUCGCUAUUGGGAUUGCUGCCGCCGGUCUCAUACUCAUGCUAGCUGUGGUAGCCGCCAUCCUAAUACUACUCGCCAAGAGAAGGCACAAGAGCUUGUCCACGACAGGAUCGUCCAUCUACAGUGGACCGUAUACUAACACCGCUUACAGCCACAGUAGCUAA